UUGCUGUCUCGUUCAUAGCUUUUUCCUGAUUCCAUGCUAGAAUUAUCAAAUUCUUUGGUUGUUUGAUUUCCAUGGCAGAAGCAACAAGAAUGUCGGCCACAACUACAAAAACAUCUGCCAUCCAAAGCUCUGUCUGGCAACCUGGGUUGGAAUUACAGCAGGCGGUGAGGUCCACUGAUGACCAAACAUGGAGGAUUGCUGCUACAUCGAGGCUUGUUCUUGAAAAUCAGUUCAGAAGUAACAAUGAUCAAAUACAGAGUAGCUGCUCCACAGAUAUAUUUUCAAACAACUCAGAGACAUACUAUCAUCCUCCUUUGGCUAAGCCCCAUGUGUUCUACGGACGAUGCAAUCAGGUGGUUUAUCAACCUGAUAGAUGGCAUAAGACCCUGCCGCCUGCAGAAACACUGCCAAGGACUGAAGUCUUGGGCGGUUACAUUUUCGUUUGCAACAAUGAGACUAUGCAGGACGAUCUCCGCCGCCAACUCUUUGGACUUCCCCACAAAUAUAAGGACUCUGUCAGGGCAAUAACCCCAGGCUUACCCCUAUUUCUUUAUAACUAUACAACCCACCAAAUGCAUGGAGUGUAUCAGGCAAUGAGUUUUGGAGGUUCAAAUAUAGACCCAACCGCAUGGGAAGACAAGAAAUGCAGGGGAGAAUCAAGAUUUCCAGCACAGGUGAGAAUUCGAAUCAAGAGGAGGUGCAAACCACUGGAAGAAGAUGCUUUCAGACCUAUACUGCACCAUUACGAUGGCCCGAAAUUCCGGCUGCAGCUUUCCGUGCCUGAGGCGCUAGCGCUGUUGGACUUGUUCAAGGAGGAAGACAUGUAAAGGUAGAAGAUGUGCUCAAAACAGCAUUACAAAAGUAGAAAGGAAACAUUUUACAAGAAGCAGCCUUGUUUCUAAUAAUCAGAAGAGAACCAGGAGAUAUAACACGGGCCACGAAGAAGAAAAAUAUAAAUGGCAUAUGAUUUUCACAAUAUGCAAAAAAUAUUUAUAAAGUUAUAUUUGAGUCAUUUUAGAUCAGAAGGCAAUCUCUUUUUC